AUGGCAUUAAACCUCAAGACUUUACACAGGAGCCUACAAUUGCAAGAAAAACAGGCUGCGAACCAACAACGCAUCGCAGGAGAAGAACCGAAAAAGCUAACGAAGAGAUCAACUGUGAAACAAUAUCGUGACGAGAAGAGCAAAGACUCUGCUGCCUCACUAGCGGAUCUUGAAACACGGAAGAGUAUUAAAAGACAGCGUGGUGUCAGUACUGAAGACGUAAAAAUCCACGAUACGAGACAUUUGGAACGCAGGCGAACCCAAUACACCGAAGCAAGGACUAUAGUUGAUAAGGUGGACUUUGUUGAGAGUUGGUUGAAUGAGUCUUGCUGGCCUCGGAGAACCUCGACAGGAAACGAACUUCUACUUUCGAAAGGACUGACCAAUAUGCCUCCCAAACCUACACCAGCCAAUAUAUCACGCAAAACUGCACGGAUUCUCGCGUCCCCAGAGAAUGGCUCUGAAAGCACUAUGAACUCAUCCACAAAAUCCGAAAAGUCCACUGCAAGUGUAAAUGACACGAACUAUCACGAGCCAUUGAGCUAUCGUAAUAUCUUCAUCGAGCACGAAAAUCCUCCUCCAGAGUUAAUGCGAAGGGCUCAAAAAAUAAUAUCAGGCUCACGGGCCUCGCUCGGGGUGAAUGAUGCAGCCAUCAACAAGUUGAAAGACAAGGCACUCGCGCUUCUACAUGCGCCUGAGAAUGACAUUAUUCAUCAGUUAGCCCAUGACAUUAUUCCAGCUAUGAAGGACCUCCCCGAUCCACGAUUAGAAAGGAAUUACGACCAACUGUGGUCUAAUUCCGUCCCUGAUCCACUCCCCUUACCUAUACCGAAGCCUGACCUUGUUUUCGGCUACUCUAAAGCAGCUUUCACCAACAGCCAGAUCGAAAUGAUUGGUCGUCAACAAGACGACCAGUUCGGCCAAAGCUAUGCCAUUCCAGACCAAAGAAUUCGAUUUCCGUUCCUACAGGUUGAAUUCAAGUCGCAGGCUAAAAGGGGAACUCAUUACGUUGCAAGAAAUCAGGCUGCUGGUGCCGGAGCCAUCGCGUUGAACGGCCUUCUCGAACUGAUACGGCGUGGCUCCUUAUUGGAUGCAUUCGAUUAUGAAGAACCACUAUAUUUCUCGAUCACGAUGGACCAGGAGCUAGCUCGAAUAUAUGUACACUGGCUGAAGGCGCCGGCUGAAGGACAGUCACACGGUUUUCGUGUCAAACGACUUUCACAGUAUGAUUUAUGGGUUGCAAACGAUAUCCGAGCACUUUCCCGCGCAAUUAAAAACAUUCUUGACAACGGUGCUGGCACCAGGCUCCAAACAAUUUGUAGGGCACUGGAUGUGUACCACGAGAUGGUUGUUCACGACAGGAAUGCAAUAAAUGAGCAUGGGGAACGGCACCCUGAACCGCAUACGAAACAGCUUCAAGAGGGAGCAGUGGCCUCUUGCGAAUUUAGAACCAGCCAAUCACCUCUUGAACCGGUUCAGCCUGUAUCUACUGGAAAUUGUGUGGUUUCUUGA